AUGAGAGGCAGUGUCGACGGUAGACGUCCUCCGAGGAAGCUCUCUCCGGCCACCACUUCAAACAAACGCAAACACUCUCCAAUUGCGAAGCAUUCUCAGUCUCGUCGUCGUCAUGACAGCCCAGAGAAACGAAUAUUAAUCUCAGAAACUAACACCCUAGCCGUGAACCGAACUUUGCAUACGUGCACGAAUACGAACUCGUUUGCAUAUAAGCAGACGAGUUCGUAUGCAUAUGCGCACCGGAAGUCUACGAAACAACACAGAAGAAAGAAGGCGGAGAGUACAGAUGGUCAUCGAAAGUGGGUUUACUCAACUCGCGAUUGUUCCAAUUUCAAAGGUUUCAAACGUAGCAUGUAUGUUUUUAGUUUUACAGGGGAAUAA